CGACACAUGUUCCGCUUCGAAUGAAAUAUCUAAUAGUAUAAUACUGACAUCCUAAGGCAACCAAAGUUUAUAAGUUGAAGGAGGUUUGAAUUUUGUACGUCUAACUGUUUUGUUCUCCGUUGGAAAUUUUGUGCUUGGUAGUUAAUACAUAGAAGAAGCUUUAAAUAACUGGUGCAAAUAUGGCAAAUAAUAAGGGUGAUCAAGAAAAUGAUGAGAAUCCAAACUAUGGUAAUUGGUCCAAUAAGUGUGAGUUCAUAUUGUCUUGUCUCGGCAGUACUUUUGGUCUUGGAAAUGUAUGGAGGUUUCCGUACUUGGCUUACUCCAACGGUGGAGGUGCUUUCCUUGUACCCUACACCAUUAUGUUGUUUUUUGUCGGUAUGCCGGUCUUCUUUAUGGAGGUAAGCCUUAGCCAAUAUAGUAGUGAAGGUCCAAUUGCAGUUUGGAGAGCGUCCCCCAUGUUUAGAGGUAUUGGUUUUGGGAUGGUGAUUGUUGCAGCUUUCGUCGGAACCUACUAUAACGUCGUUGUCGCUUACGCCAUGCACUACAUGUUCGCGUCGUUCACGAAGAAUAUGCCAUGGGAGAAUUGCGACCACGACUUCAACACAAACAAUUGCACACUAAAAUAUGACCAGUGUUUGGCUCAGUCAGGCCAGAUCAUGUUGACAACAACAUGCCAAAAUAUCUCUGAUCUGGGUAAAUCAGACGAUGAGCUUAUUGCCUUGAAUAUUUUCAGAGAGAAUGAUUUCUGGAACACAUCACUGUAUGUUGACUCUUAUGCAGAAUAUCGAAAGAGGCCAACUGAAGAAUAUUGGAAACGUGGUGUAUUGCAGGAAUCUCCAUCAAUGAACGACACAGGAGGAAUCGUUUGGCAACUUGCUUUGUGCCUUCUUCUGGCCUGGGUUAUUGUCUUCUUUUGUGUUGUGAAAGGCAUCAAAUCUUCUGGAAAGGCUGUGUAUUUCACUGCUACGUUUCCGUUUGCUGUAAUUUUAGCGCUACUAAUUCGUAGUGUGACGCUAGAAGGCGCUAAGGAGGGCAUCAACUUUUUCAUCUACCCUGAAUGGAAGGAUAUUACUAUACCUCAGGUGUGGUAUAGUGCCGCUACGCAGAUCCUCUUCUCUCUUAGCAUUGGAACGGGUAUAUUACCUACACUGUCUUCGCAUAAUCGUUUCCACAAUAAUAUUUACUUUGACACCGUCUUCAUACCACUUUCAACCUUUGCAGCAAGCAUAAUUUCUGGAAUCACCCUCUUUUCCAUAUUGGGUCAUCUUGCCUUUCUAGAGAAUAAACCAGUUUCAGAGGUAGUUGACUCUGGCUUUGGUUUAGCGUUUAUCGUUUAUCCAGAAGGACUAUCGCUGCUUCCAGGGUCUAAUUUUUGGGCUAUCCUAUUUUUUUUUAUGCUGAUAACCCUUGGAUUUUGCUGUGAGUUUGUGUUUACUGAGAUUGUCGUGACUGCUAUAUGCGAUGGAUUUCCCAGUGUCUUGCAAAAACGAAAAACACUUGUGAGGCUAACAGUGUGUAUAAUGGGAUACGUACUUAGUUUGGUGUACGUGAGCAGGUCGGGCGCUUACUGGGUUUCUAUUGUUGAUUCGUCCAUACCAACUAUCGGUCUGAUCAUGUUCGGACUUCUUGAGCUCGUAGCUGUCUCAUGGGUGUAUGGAAUCAAGCGAUUUACAAAUGAUAUCAGAUCGAUGCUUGGCGACACGAUCUUGCUAAAAUUCCCAUUAUUCUUCUGGUGGCAAGUGAAUUGGACUGUUAUCACUCCAUCUUUGCUUCUUUUUGUGUUGCUUUAUAAUUGGAUGAACUGGAGCAUGCCAAAAUACAAUGACGAGUUCUACCCACUUUGGGGACGUGUCAUUGGCUGGGUCAUCACUGUACUCACGAUCGUCUUUAUUCCUUUGGUUAUGAUUUACGAAUUUUUGAUGGCAAGUGGAAGCGUUGCUGACCGUUGGAGGGCAAUGAGCAGGCCCAGAGCUGAUUGGGGACCACAGAUGGACGAAAACCGUGCACAGGCCUGGCAGAUGCACAAAUACUACAACACUACGAUGGGAGGCAAACGGGAGGCUCCCGAUACCUCUCGUUACUAAAACAACAUUAUCAUUUUAGACUACAAAAUACUUUUUCAGUUUAUCAGAGCGUACAAUGUAUAAUCAUAGAGAAAAUAGAACUAUUUUCUCUAUGGUAUAAUGUAACUUUAAAAGGCCGCUGGUGUACCUGCAUUGAUUACUCUCCGCUUGAUAAAUUUCGGGUCAGUUUACAGUGUUAUCAAUCUACAGUGUAAACAAAUUAACAGACUUUUAUUACAAAAAAAGACCUGUUUCUUAAAAUAGCCUCCUAUUACUUGCUGAUUUCACAACUAAAUGUUAAGAUUAUGAAAUAUGCCGACGACAUUGUGAUCAAAAGUGUUAGAAAUAUGCUAUGCAAAAUAUGUAAAGACCGGUCGCAUCCACUUUAUAAUUUGUUUAUUUUCAUGAGGUCUGGAAUUAGACUUAGAGCACUGAGUGCCAAGCGUAUUAAUAGAUUUCGAUACUCUUUUGUGGCAAUUAUGCUAUCCAUCUAUACAAUGAAGGUGUUGUUAGAUUUAAUGGUAACUACAAUACAGAAUAACGGUAUUAAUUUAUAUUAUAGUAAUAGCUGUAUCUAGGCCUUGUGAUGUUUUUUGAAGUUAUGAAUGUUAUAUUUUUUAAUUAUUUUAUAUUUAGCAUUAUAUGUCAAUGGAAGAUGAAUUUCCUUGUUUUAUUUUACGAGGAAAAUAAAAGUUAUUGUCUUAUCUUUAUCUUAUCUAUACUGUACACAUUUUGAGUGAGAAUAUCAGUCUGUUUUGUGACUGGAUUAUCUUUACGUCAAAUUAUUACUGUAUCUUAUCGGUUAUAAACUGUGGCAUAAACAGGCAAGAAAUGUUGCUCAACAGUAAUUAAAGGCUUGAUUGUUAGAAUUAUAGUAAAUCAAUAGCUAGGCGUCAAUUGAGUGUAAAUCUACCAGAAGGUACCGAUUUACAAUGCUUGAAAUUCAUGACGAACUGAUGAAGAAUAAUCGUACACUUUUGACAGAAAGCAUGAAACUUCCCACAGUGGUACCAUGACCAUAAUGAUGGGGACGGGAAAAGGUAAAUUGAUCCCAGUUUGUGCUUCAUAAAUUAUCUUCGAAAAUGAACAGAGCAAUUGAGUCUACUUGAAUUGAAUUUAGUUUGUUUCCUUAUGAUAUUAGAACCAUUGCAUGUUUGUCCUAAUAGAGUGUUCUUUUUAAUGUUACAUGCAACGCAUUUUUACUACAUAGGCUAUAUAUAUAUAAAUAAAAUUAUAUAUCAUAUGGACAGAAAUUACAAUUCUUCUGAUAGAAGAGACUCAGUAUGUCGCUGAAAAAACACAUUAGUAGAGCGGCUAUGAAAAAUAAUCAUGCACUUUUGGCAAAAGCAUGAAACUUCCCACAAUGGUACCAUGAGCAUAAGGAUCAUUAAAAAAGAAAUAGACCCAAAAAAAUAACGUCGCCAUCUUGAAACAGUCUGUAGAGAAGAAUUACAAGCUCCUAUCACCAUGAUAUUCCCUUUUUUCUUUUAAUUUUUCGUUCUUUUUCUUUUUUCCCCCUUAUUUACGUGUGUUUCAUAUAUCAUUUGAAAAUGAUAUUUAUCCAUUUCUUCUUCAGCCUCUUUCAAAAAGAGCUACGUCACCGCAAUUAUUGCGGGAAUCUUCCUUGCAUUGCCUUAUGUAUGAAUAGGUAAAGGCUAAUGUAUAUGUAGUAUUAUGGUUCAAUAAUAUUAAAUUAUAUAACUAUCAGAAUUUGUAUAUAGAUACCCUUUACCUGUUGAAUGUCUGAACUUGCUUUCAACUUACUUGACACCUAAAUGGGUUUACUAAUUAUUAAUAUACAAUAAGGUGACAAUUCCUCACCCCUGGACAAUUAAACAUAAACUUUCCCACAGCAUGUUUGUCACAUUCAAACUAAACGUUUGACAGAAGCAAUCCGUCUUAAUGGAAUUGCAACCGACAGGUUAUUAAACAAAAAGAAAGAAUUCCUCUUUAAUUUAGUCACAAAUCCUAAACAUGAGCUGAAUUAAGACACACCCCCAAUACAUUGGCCAUAUGCAAACACCCCAAUGUCACUGGGUUAGAAUUAAGAGUUAGAAAAUCAGGUUAGGACUUGAAGACAACGAUAGUGAAACUGUUCCGCUCAGAAAGUGUUGCUCUCGAGUAUAAGCCUAAUAUCUUAACUGACUGAGAAACCUGGAGUUAGUCAAUAUAUGUGUAUGCAGUAGAAUAGUUCAAUGCUGAAUAAAGCUUUGCAGCAUAGUGCCAAAA